GAAAGGAAGCAAGAAACUUUUACCUUGUUUUCCCACGUUUUAUUUUAAUAUUUUUUUCAUUUUCGACUUUUUGGUGAUUAUUGCGGAUGUGGAAAGGAUACGCGAUGCGAGCUUGUCAUCACAAGUAAAGACGGAACCUCUACAGAAAAGCAACACAGGUUCGGAAAAGUGCCCCCAGCCGAGCUCGGAAUCCCGCCGAUUGGAGCCUUCCUCCGCGAAGCCCGACGAGCUCUGCCCGCUUCAGGAGCACCGCUCCGGCCGCAGCCACGCCACCCCACAGCACGCCCGGACACCCAGCACCAUUCAGCGCGAAGCUCUCACGCCAGACAUGCCCUGCGUGCAGGCCCAGUAUGGGCCCAGCCCCCCAGGCUCUGCCUACUCCGGCCAGUCCUUCGGCUACCAGGGCGACAGCUACGCCUCUGACCUCAUGACCGCCGAUUACACUAAACUGGACCUGGGCGGCGGGGAGAUCUCCGCCGCGGCCGCCACCACCUCACUGCCUAGCUUCAACGUGUUCGUGGAGGGGGGCUACGAGCACAAGUCGUCCUGCCUCUACCAGAUGCCCCCGCAGAGGCCCACCAUCAAGAAGGAGGAGGAGAGCUACCCGACUGCCCCGCAACUGGAGGCGCUGUCCUCCUCCGCCAUGUACUUUAAACAGUCCCCCCCCUCCACGCCCACCACGCCUUCCUUACCCCCACAGCCCGGCACCUCUUUCCUGUGGGAGGAGCACUCCCUGGUCCCUCCGUCGCACCCCCACUCCAUGGGCUCCAGCCUGGAUGCGGGGUCUCUCAAGUCUCCCCGCUUUCCGCACUUCUACCAGCACUCGCCGCCCCACAGCGGGGGCAGCGUGGGCGGCUACGAGACUCUAGGAGGAGGCCUGGUCCGCACGUCCUCCUCCUCAUCCUCCUCGUCAUCCUCGGUCUCCCAUGCUCACGGGCCGACCCUAGAGCAGCAGUCCAUGUACCAGCUGCACCGCGGGCCCGGGGGCGCCAGCCUCGCAUUCCGCUCCCUGGCUCUUGGUCCCUGCGGACCCUUACUCGGGGACAGCCUGCCCUCGCCCCCACCACGUGGCCCCCAAGGAGAGGGCACCUGCGCUGUAUGCGGGGACAACGCGGCCUGCCAGCACUAUGGGGUCCGCACAUGUGAAGGCUGCAAAGGCUUCUUCAAGCGCACCGUUCAGAAGAACGCCAAGUAUGUGUGUCUGGCCAGUAAGAACUGUCCUGUGGACAAGAGGAGACGCAACCGCUGCCAGUACUGCCGCUUCCAAAAGUGUCUGAGUGUGGGCAUGGUCAAGGAAGUGGUGCGCACUGAUAGCUUGAAGGGUCGUCGUGGCCGUUUGCCCUCCAAACCGAAGAGCCCGCUGCAGACAGAGGCGGCCCCUUCCUCGCCACCCCUCAGCCUGAUCUCCACUCUGCUCAGGGCUUAUUCCCACUGCACACCCCAUGACCUUGACUACAGCCAGUUCAGUGCUGCAGACCCUCCGUCCUCCUCCUCAGACGCAGAGCACAUCCACCUGUUCUACAGGCUCCUCACCAUUUCCAUGGAGACCACGCGGUGCUGGGCUGACCGGCUGCCAGGCUUCUCCGAGCUCCAGCGAGACGAUCAGAACCUGCUCAUAGAUUCGGCCUUCCUGGAGCUGUUUGUCUUGCGAUUGGCUCACAGGUCAAUGCUGUCAGAGGACAAACUAGUGUUCUGUAAUGGUUUGGUGCUGCACAGGUUCCAGUGCCUUCGCGGCUUUGGAGAGUGGCUGGACUCCAUUCGGGACUUCUCCACCCAUCUCCAGGGCGUAAACCUGGAUGCCUCCGCCUUCGCCUGCCUGGCCGCGCUCGUGCUGCUCACAGAGCAAGUUCCGGGCCUGAAGGAGUCCAAGCGAGUGGAGGAGCUGCAGAACAAAGUGAUUUGUUGUCUCAAAGACCACCUGGGCUGCGGCCCCUCUUCGUCGUCGUCUAAGGCGGCGCCCGCCCUGAGUCGUAUUCUGGGUUUAAGGGCAGAGCUGCGCUCCCAGAGGACACAGGGCCUACAGCGCAUCUUCUACCUGAAGCUGGAGGACCUUGUGCCACCUCCGCCCUUGAUUGACAGGUUCCUGGACACUCUGCCUUACUGAUGGCAAAGGAUGGAGUUCAGAGAGGAAAAAAAAAAUACAUCACGUCCAGUUUGAGGACAAUGACAGACUCACUUUGCUGUGAUGCCAACAGGACAACCACAUGACAACUCACUCCAAUGGACCACCAACUCACUAGACACUUUUUACAAGUGUUUAAAAAAAUAAUAAGAAGAAGAUUUUUUUUAAUUUGCUUCGCCACUUCUGUUUUUCACAUGGAGGCUGAGAUGCAUGAUGGAGGAUGGAGAUUUUUGCCCUCUGGAAAGACAAAAACAAGAAAGAAAGAAAGAUAAAGUCCUGUUUCUGUGUAUACUGUUUAUCCAGUGUGCUGAAUUCACUGGUAGGGAGAGUAGACAUCAUUGACAACACAAAUGUAGGUGAUGCACUCUGUCCAAAAAGAUCAAAUCAUAAAUGUGCAAAAACUCAAGACACGAUAUUUCAAUAACAUAGUAGUGAGUUCUCGAUUGAUUCCAAGUGCAAUUUUUUUCACUGCUUUCUCAUCACAUAAGAAAGCGACGCAUAAAGAACAGUUAAAUUGUCAAACUCUAAAUUAUUUGAAUGCAAAGACAUGUCCUAUAUUGUCAAAAGAGCUGAGAAAGUACGAGCGAAAUCUGGCUUUUGAGGAGAAACUGUGCACUAAUGAUUACCGACUGCUCACUCAGACUUGAAUUGCUCAUUUUUUUUGUGCAUAUUUUACUCAUACGGAAAUGAUAGGAGCCCAAAAUGGGCUUUUGAAGCACUUACGGCCUGCAAAGGACUGGAAGCACAGACACACACCCGGCCUGCUCUCCCCACUGAGAGGAGAGGACAGGGAAGGAGGGUGCUCGACAGAUAGAUCCACGGGAGAAACAUUCCGCAGUCUUUUUUAAUUUCUCUAGUGGCAGUGUGAGCGCGUGCAAGACAAUGGUUGGAUGCUGUCUUAAUGGGUGUGUGUGUAUGCGUGUGUGUUCACGCAUAAGAGAAGCCAGCAUCUUAUGCAUGGUGUGUUUUUAGGCUGUCAAAAACCAGCUCGCCUCGUGUGUUUGUGUGUCUCGCCCCACACCCACCCACUCACGGCAGCAGUGAUAUUACGAGAAAAAAAAGAGCAAAUUCUAUAGAUAUAUAAAUAUAUAAAUAUACAAAAACUAAUAUUUUGAAGUGUUUUUAGCUUUUUUCAAAUAUUGUGGUACGACUUGUGCAUUGUUUUCAAAGAAGAGAAACAAAAAACGUAAAAAGUUGCUGUUUUCUUUCAAUGUCCUUUGGUUUGAGUUUCCUGUUCAAUAAUUUCUUUCUCUUUGGUUCACUGGAUUUUCUGU